AUGGUCCUGGCACGAACUCUUCGCCCUGCGGCGCGCGCGGCACGCCUACUCGAGUAUGCGACAACGAGACCGACCUUCUCCUCUCCUCUUCUCGGCCAACGUAUCCUGCCCUCAGCCUUCGCCAGCGUUCACACCACCUCCCCGAAGACUCAAGAAGCCGCGGCCCUCCGCCAGGAACAACAGCCCGACGUGUCUGCGACGGAACCUGACGCCGUGCAGCGGCUAGACCCAAAGGCGUGUGCGGAUCCAGAGGGGCAAAUUGACGUGGCUUGGCUCCGGGACCGCUGUUGUUGCCCGCACUGCAUCAGUCCUUCCUCGGGCAACAAAUCCUUCUCUACCGCCGAAAUCCCAAGUGACAUUACCUUCCAGAGCGUCAAGGAAAUGCCAGAUGGCUCCCAUGAGAUUCGCUGGACAAACGACAUCCCGCGAGCUGCCGCCGUUGACCACGUCUCCGUCUUUCCCGCCACCGGCCCCCAGAGUAUUGGGAGGUUAUUGACCGAAUCGCCAGCUCUUUUCUUCCAUCAUGCCCGUGUACAAGAGCCUUCUAGAUUCGAGUGGAAAAGGGAAUCCCUCCUUGAGAGGCUGGAGAGGAUCGACUACAAAGACUACAUGGAGGGAGGCCCGGCUUUCAGGUCAACCGCCCUCUCCCUCGCCAAGAUUGGGCUCGUCUUCCUCACCAACGUGCCCCAAACCGAAACUGCCGUAGCUGAUUUAGCUCUCAAGUUCGGCGCCGUCAAGGAGACAUUUUAUGGCCGCACCUGGGACGUUAUCUCUAAACCUGAUGCAGAAAACGUCGCCUACACCUCCUCUUACUUGGGCUUGCACUCGGACAUGCUCUAUCUCGAAUCGCCGCCUCGCAUACAGCUCCUCCAUUGCUUGGAGAACUCGUGCUCGGGGGGUGAGUCCAUCUUCAGCGACGCCUUACAGGCCGCUAGCUCGGUCAAAAGAUUCGUACCCGAUGGCUACGAUGCAUUGACCAAAUACCCGGUACCGUACCACUAUAAUAAGAACGGUUUCUUCUACCGCCAAGCGCGACCCGUCAUCGCUGGCAGGAAUGAAAGAGACCGCGAGGUCUGCUGGUCCCCGCCCUUCCAGGCCCCUUUGCCGGGCAUGCGCGAUGAAGCAGCCUCGGGAGAUUGGCAAAACUGGCUCUACGGGGCGCGGGCGUUCCAACGAAUCCUAGAACAAAGCGACAACGUGUACCAGUACAGGCUCCAGCCGGGCGAGUGCGUGCUGUUUGACAACCGGCGCGUCCUCCACGGCCGCCGGGCUUUUGACACAGCAAGUGGGCGCCGCUGGCUUAAGGGCACAUAUGUCGCCGACGAGGAUUUCCGAAGUGCUCUACGGCCCUUCCUUGAACCCAUCUGAAGAUGCGUUGGACGGUUCAUCGGAAAUAUAGAAGCCAACGUGAACUUGAUGAGCCCAGUCAGUCGAGAUGUGUAUAUAUACACAUGCCUUGGUCUAGUGUCACUUUGAAAAGCGGGCAUUGCGCGGUUAGAAUAGUCACACAUUAGGUAAACAUGAUGGAGUCACGCGCCCAAGAUCGGAGAUGGUGACAAGCCGCUCAAAAGAAACUAUGGUUGCUGGUCUUCAAUUACCUAAGUAUCGUCCGGCAACUGAUCGACUAAUGAACCCAAACGCCAGAGUCAACAGGACAGAAGGAUGUGCCUUCUCUCCCCCGUGAUGCACUACUUUUUU